AUGUCAAACGAAAGGAUGGACAAAUACAUCCUUUCAAAUACUGAUGGACAAAGUUCUUAUGGAUCCUCAGUCAAUAAUGGCUUGUCAAUCCCAUCAGAUAUCGAUAGAUUCGAUUCUAGUAACCAAGGUGAUUUUUCUGGCGAUGAACGAGGAAUUAGAUGUUCCUCGGUGAACGAUACAAGCCCGUUGUUGAAAGCGAGUUACGAUAGCCAUAGUAAAUCUGUCGCUCAAGAGCUUAUUGAGCAAGAAAGAGGUUUUUUAAAAUAUCAUAAUAGAAUUCCCAACAAAGGAAACGAAAAUCAAGCUAUAAAAAGAUUUGAGGAAACAAUUUCUUCUAAGAAGAUAACAGAUACUACAGCAUUAAUUGAAUUGAAAUCGUUAUUUGUUGCAUCGGUUCCAUUAUCCAUGACAUUUCUUUUACAGUGUUCAUUUUCGACUGUAUCUGUAUUCACAGCGGGACAUCUAGGGUCUGUCGAAUUAGCUAGUGUUUCAAUAGGUUCUAUGACAGCAAGUAUUUCAGGCUAUGCAAUUAUUCAAGGUAUUAGUUCAGCUUUAGAUACUUUGUGUCCUCAGGCUUUUGGAGCAAAAGAAUAUUAUCUUGUUGGAACUUAUUUGCAAAAGUGUGUUGCAAUGAAUUUUACUAUCAUGGUACCUAUAUUAUUUAUUUGGACUUUUUUUGGGUAUGAGGUAAUUACAGGUUUUCUACCUGAUAAUGAUACUGCAAAGUAUGCAGCAGUAUAUUUACGAUAUACUGCACCAGGGAUUCCUGCUUAUAUUUUGUUUGAAUGUGGUAAGAAGUUUUUAGAAGCACAAGGUAUUUAUCAUAUUUCUACAAUUGUUUUAUUGUUUGCUGCACCAUCUAAUUUAGUUAUGAAUUUACUUUUUGUGAAAACAUUUGGGUAUAUUGGAAUACCGAUGGCGAUAUCAAUUAACUAUUGGUUGAUGACUUUUGGCUUGUUUGUUUCUAUCGUAUAUUUUAUCAAACCCCAUAGUACACCUUCUGGUAAGCAUCCUCUAACAUGUUGGAAUGGACUUCAUAUUAAGCAGGCAUUCCAAUCUUGGAAUGAAAUCGUCUAUUUGGCUGUACCAGGACUUGUAAUGUUAGAGGCAAAAUUUUUUGCCCUUGAAACAUUAACUUUAAUAGCUUCAUAUUUGGGUACUCUUUCUUUGGCGGCACAAUCAGUUGGUACAGCAAUUGCUUCCUUGUCGUAUCAGGUUCUGAUUGCAAUUGGAAUUGCUUCGUCUACACGUAUUGCUAAUUUUUUAGGCGCCGGUUCAAAUUCAGCAGCAAAGAAAACUACUCAAGUAUCAUUAUGCUUUGUAUUGGUCUUUUCGAUCAUAAAUGUUUUGUUCUUAUACUGCUUUCAAACCCGAAUAGCACCGUUGUUUACCAAAGACGAGAAAGUUAUUAAAAUAGUGGAAAGUAUUAUGUGGUUAAUAGCUUUAUUGCAGAUUUGUGAUGCAAUCAAUGCAGGUUCAGCUGGUUGCUUAAGAGGACAAGGCCAAACAAAAAUAGGGGGUAUUGUCUCAUUAUUAUCUUAUUAUUUGAUUGGUAUACCUCUAUCAAUUUAUAUAACAGUUUAUUCCAAAUUUAAGGGUACAAUAGAUGGCCUUUGGAUUGGAAACUGCGCGGCUCUUAUUAUAAUAGGAGUCGUUCAAAGUUACUAUGCAUUAUUUGCAGAUUUUAUAAGAUUAUGCACUGAUGCACAAAAACGGGCAUCCAAUUAG